AUGGGCAAGGCGGAGCUGGCGAUGACGCCCCUGCAGCAGUGGGGGGAGGAGGCCGAAGACGGGGCUGUCUACACCAUCGUCCUUCAGCGCGUGAAAGCAGAGCCCCAGGCCGGCGGAUCCUCUCACCAGGUGGGCCCCAACCUGCCGGGAUGCCCCUUCAUGCACUACCACACCUGCAAGAGACGGGUGCUGCGGGCUGCGACACUCCCGGCCUUGGUGAGGUGGCUGCUGGCCUGCGGGGCGGAGGGAGACCCGGGCUACGUGCCAAGCUUCCUGGCCACCUAUCAGGCCUUUGCCACUCUGGAGCAAGUGCUGGAGCUGCUGCUGCCGCUGGGGCCAGACAACUGCAGGGCAGUGCUGCAUGUGCUGCAGGUCUGGAUGCAGGAUCACCCCGAGGAUUUCUGGGAGCCCCCCGAGCACCCCAGUCUGCGCAGAGCCUUGCACUUCUUGCGCCAACGUGCCCAGGGUUCCCCAGCGUGUGCCGUGGCAGAGAGCCUCCUCCAAGCCCACAGGAAGGAGGAAGAGGAGCAGCAGCAGGAAGAACUUUCUGACAGUUAGAGCAGUUCCUCAGUGGGACAGGCUUCCUCGGGAGGUGAGAUCCUUAACGUGGGGCUGCCCCAGGACUUGAUGGCGGCAGCUGGGCCAGGAGGAGCCGACGAGGAGUUACCAGCUCUGCUGUCCUUCGCGGUGGAGGAAGCGGCUGAGCAGCUGACCCUGAUGGACUCCAAGCUCUUCCGGGCGGUGCGCCCCUUCCAUUGCCUGGGCUGCGUGUGGUCGCAGCGAGGCAAGAAGGAGAUGCGGCACGUGGCGCCCAGUGUCCGGGCCACCGUGGCCCAGUUCAACGCCGUGGCCAGCUGUGUGGUCACCUCCGUGCUGGAAGAUGUGACCUUGCGCACCCCCCAGCGCGCCCACUUGCUGGAGAAAUGGAUCGACAUUGCCCAGCGCUGCCGGGACCUGCGGAACUUCUCCUCGCUGUACGCCAUCCUCUCCGCUCUGCAGUCCAACCCCAUAUUUCGCCUCAAGCGCACCUGGGCUGCGGUCAACAGGAACACACGGAGUGCCUUCCAGAAGCUCUCCCAGAUCUUCUCUGAAGACAACAACCACCUGAACUGCCGAGAAAUCCUUCUGCAGGACGGAGGGAGUUUGGGCCCCAAUGGUGGAUGCAGCAGCCCCCAGGUGCCAGCCAGGACUCCUCUGAAGCCCAGCCCUCAAAGCAGGCCAAUGGCUCCCACGGUGCCCUACCUGGGCACCUUCCUGACUGACCUGAUUAUGCUGGACACGGCGCAUCCAGACUUUGUGGAGGGCAGUCUCAUCAAUUUUGAGAAGAGGCGGAAGGAAGCAGAGACCCUGACCGUGAUCCGUCAGCUGCAGGAAUCGUGUCGGGGAUACACCUUUUGCCUGAACCCCUCCUUUCACCUGGCCUUUCACGGGCAACAGAAGCUUUCUGAGGAGCAGAGCCACCGGAUCUCCCGCGUGAUCGAGCCGCCAGCCAGCUCCUGCCCCAACUCCCCAAAGCUGCACCGCAGCCUCACCAAGCGCUUCAGCUCUCUUCUCCUGGGCUCAGAGGCCUCCACCGCAUCGCCCGGCCCCGACAGAGCUGGAAUCUCGCCCCCAGGCUCCUCCGGUGGCCUUCCUCUUGGGGAAGGACUCGGCCCCUCUUGCUGCCCUGCUCCGGGAGCCCCCCCUUGCAAGGACCUGCCUGCCUCCCAGCUGAGUCCCUCCCCUCUGCUGGCUCCUGCCCCACCAUCGCCCGCCUCUAAGCAAAGUGGGACUGAGUCGCGCAUCAUCCGUGUCAGUGUGGACAAUGGUCACGGCAACCUCUAUCGGAGCAUUGUGAUAACGAGCCAGGACAAGACGGCUGCGGUGGUGCGGCGUGCCCUGCGGAAGCACAACCUGGGGGAGGAGGUCUUGCUGCACGACUAUCAGCUCCUGCAGCGCCUAGGGGAUGGCCAAGAGCUGCUGAUCCCCAGCAGUGCCAACGCCUUCUACGCCAUGAGCCCUGCUGGCCCUUGUGACUUCUUGCUGCGCCAUAAGGAAGAAGCUGCACAGCCGGGCAUCCGAGCCACGCACCCGGGCACCCCCACUCCCCGCCCUUCGGGCACCUCAGCCCUCCCUGCUACUUCAGGGACCACGUCUUCUACCGGCCCAGUGCCCAGCUCCUCCCACCAGGCCUCCUUCUGCUCAGACUCCCGCAACAAUUGGGCUGCUCAAGAUGGCGAACGCGGGCGUGGUGCCAAGCGCUGGCCCCACCACAAGGAGGACAUGGGGGGCCAGAGGGCCCAGCGCUCAUCUCCUCACCGGCAACUGCCUCCCCACACCAGCCACACCAGACUUGCUGAGAGGCAGGAGAAGGGGCUAGGGUGGAUCAGGACCGGACACGGCUGA